AGAAGGCCCUGCGCGGGCAGGCGGGGCGGGGCUCGAGGCUCAGGUGCCGCCUCCUCUGCAACGCCGGGGCCAGAGUCUUAAAACCGAGGGCCCGCAGGGGUCCCCGCGGCCGCCGCGAUGCAGAAAUACGAGAAACUGGAAAAGAUUGGGGAAGGCACCUACGGAACAGUGUUCAAGGCCAAAAACCGGGAGACUCAUGAGAUCGUGGCUCUGAAACGGGUGAGGCUGGAUGACGAUGAUGAGGGUGUGCCGAGUUCUGCCCUCCGGGAGAUCUGCCUACUCAAGGAGCUGAAGCACAAGAACAUCGUCAGGCUUCAUGACGUCCUGCACAGCGACAAGAAGCUGACUUUGGUUUUUGAAUUCUGUGACCAGGACCUGAAGAAGUAUUUUGACAGCUGCAAUGGUGACCUCGAUCCUGAGAUUGUAAAGUCAUUCCUCUUCCAGCUACUAAAAGGCCUGGGAUUCUGUCAUAGCCGAAAUGUGCUACACAGGGACCUGAAGCCCCAGAACCUGCUAAUAAACAGGAAUGGGGAGCUGAAAUUGGCUGAUUUCGGCCUGGCUCGAGCCUUUGGGAUUCCCGUCCGCUGUUACUCAGCUGAGGUGGUCACACUGUGGUACCGCCCACCGGAUGUCCUCUUUGGGGCCAAGCUGUACUCCACUUCCAUCGACAUGUGGUCAGCCGGCUGCAUCUUUGCAGAGCUGGCCAAUGCUGGGCGGCCUCUUUUUCCUGGCAAUGAUGUCGAUGACCAGUUGAAGAGGAUCUUCCGGCUGCUGGGGACGCCCACCGAAGAGCAGUGGCCCUCUAUGACCAAGCUGCCAGACUAUAAGCCCUACCCGAUGUACCCAGCCACAACAUCCCUGGUGAACGUUGUGCCCAAACUCAAUGCCACAGGGAGGGACCUGCUGCAGAACCUUCUGAAGUGUAACCCUGUCCAGCGUAUCUCAGCAGAAGAGGCCCUGCAGCACCCCUACUUCUCCGACUUCUGUCCGCCCUAGGCCCCAGGACCCCCGGCCUCCAGGCUGGGGCCUGGCCUAUUUAAGUCCCCUCUUGGGAGGGGCGAGACGGUGGGGGUGCCUGGUGCGCUGUGCUCCAGCAGUGCUGGGCCCAGCCGGGAUGGGGUGCCUGAGCCCGAGUUUCUCACUCCCUUUGUGGACUUUAUUUAAUUUCAUAAAUUGGCUCCUUUCCCACA